AUGGCGAUGGCCGGUUCGAGUCCAGAUACUAAACCUCUUCCUCCAGGUGUGCGUGCCAUCCAAGGCUCGGUCCCCCAGUCUAUGCUGGGCUGGCUCCGGGAGACCCCAAGUGAGACCCCAAUCGAAGAGAUCCGUCGUCGUCUGCAUGAGGACGAAUAUGUCUUUGUUAAGGCGCUCUUGCCGCGAGACGAAGUGCUGCGAACACGGGGACACUAUUUUUCCCAGUUCAAAUCCUUGGGCCUGCUGAAGCCAGAUACAGACCCGGUAGACGGCAUCUAUAAUCCGGCUGAGGAUAUCUCGUUGCACAAUGGAAUUGGCGGUGGAGGCCCAACAGGUAACGAAGAACUGGAGCGACUUGUGAAGGCGCACGUGCAACAACCGUACCUCGAAUUCGUGGCGCACCCGAAAUUGCGAGCAAUGGUCCGCAAUAUCAUGGGCUGGGAUGAAGAAGUCCUUGUUAAGAGAACCAUGCUUCGGCACAAUAUCCCCGGAGGUCUGAGCACUGGCGUUCAUUACGAUAAGCUCUUCCUUCGUGGAGGCCAUGCAUUCUUCUUGACCGCGUGGGUGCCCAUCGGAGACGUCACGGCCACAGGAGGAGGCCUUGUUUAUCUAGAAGACAGCACCCAUCUCGGCAAGGCCAUCGAGGAUGAUUUCGAGGUACGCGCCAAAGACUUUACCCCCGAGGAGAGGAUCUCAGCGUUCAAUCGUAAUAUGUCCGCCACGGGCGUCCUUUCAAUGGAUCCAGUGAUCUUCCAGCGGGACAAUGAACACCUGGCAAAGAAGACGAAUUACCGUUGGCUCGUCGCCGAUUUCGAGGCCGGUGAUGUUGUCUUCCAUCUACCCUACACCAUACACACUGCGGCUGCCAACGACGAUCCUGAUGGCCGUAUUCGGCUGAGCACUGAUCUUCGCUUCUACGACAAGAAAGACGUUGACGCAAGCGCCACAGACGAACGUUGGAACCGAUAUUGGACACCAGAUGAUGGUCUUUAG